GCCAUUUUGCUGCCUUGCAGAGCCAUAGAUGGGAAACACAGCAAACUCAAUGCAGUAAACACCUGAGAAACACACCACCAAGCGGAUAACGGUUUUGAGCUCGAUGGCACAUCAUGCAGCGCUCAACUCUUGAUUUAUAACGGGAUGGAACUGGACACUUUAUUUUGCCCAAGACGUCUCCUGAUUGAAAACCGCAUCGCAUCACUGGAUAUGGGGUUUGAAUUGCCAAAGUUAGCGGCUAAUGGGGUCGCUAGCUAAAUAGUACCGUUAACCUUACUUUAUGCGAUUGUCAGUUCAAGCCAACAGCUGAAAGAUUCCGUCUAAGCAUUAGGAAACAUUAAUGUGUGAAUUUGCUACGUUGUUUACACAGCAGCAUGUCCACAGUCUUGAUUAACGUGUCAGAAGCUGCAAUGCAGAAGUUGGAGUGCUAGCCUGGUCCUGGCAAAGAACUGUGUUCUGUCAGUUAGCUUAAGUUAUAGCAGGGAUGUUUUUGGGGUAAUGUCACAUACCUCUAUGCCUAUUGAAAAGCGAGGGUUUUUUUUGCAAGGCAUUUGUUGAAAACAAUAGUUUUGUAAACACGCUCAUCUAAAGAACAACGUAGCUAGCUUCUGUGAGUGAAUACUGCAGCAAAAUUAAAAUUAAUAUUCCAUUCGUAUAGGAGAUGUGCAUAUGAACUGGCUAUUCAAUUAAUAUCAGUCAAAUAUCUUUAGCCACUUAGUUUCAACCAACGAAAGUUUAUGCUUUUGGCUUUGCUUCCUACUGACAGUCAGGUUUACAGCCUGUCACUAAGCGGUCGAAACUAAGUGCCUUUUGUCGUUCAAAGAAAAAUGGGUCGAGAUUUCACCAAAAUAUUACACUAAGGACGAUUGGCACUGUGGUGCCAGAUAGGAGGACCAAGUGGUGCACCUUUGCCGAGAUGUCCUACACAAUAAAGUUUGAAGCCAUUCCCCCACCUGUUGCUGAUAUGAGCUAGGUGCAUCUCAGUGAUCAAGAUGGAUGUGAACAUUGAGAUGUGCACCAAUUGUCAGCAAAAUCUUAUUUGGUCCUUUCAUCCUAAAUUAUGACUGGGCUACCGUCAUACUCAUCCAUAAUGAUUUAUGGAUUAGUACCCCAGGAGUUGCACGAUCAGCUCUUGGACCAUAACAACUACCAGAAGCGCACAAGUGGGGUGGAGGAGCUCAAAAACAUUCUGUUCGGGCUGGAUCUGAAGACAAUUCCACCUGACAGCAUAGUUGAAUUUAUUAGUUUUUUACGUAAACUGUUGGACGACAGCAACUUUAAGGUCUUGUAUGGCACUUUACAGGUGAUGAAUCUUCUCAUUCAGAAACUAGACUACAAUACAGAGAAAUAUUGCAAACAGAUUGUUUACGUCGGCCUGAAAGCCCUAGGAGACACCCGAGCGGUCACUAGGAAUGAGUACAUGAAUGUUUUCCAUCAGCUGAUGAAAACUGUAGGCCCCCAGAAAGUCCUGGACCUUGUGAUCGGUCACCUCAGGCAUAAGAACUCCAGGGUCAGGGAAGAUGUCCUCAACAUCAUCACCGCAGCUAUGCUCACCCACCCCAGGAAAGACUUCAACAUCCCCAGCCUUUGUUUUGAAGUGGCCCCGUAUCUGGCAGAUGUGAAGAGGAAAGUCAGACACGCAGCCCUGGAGCUCUUUGUCGUCUUUGACCACUGUCUAGACGCGGGUAAGAAGCAACCCCUCCUGAAGGCCAUCGACCAGGUGGAACUCACGGCGGAUGUGGAGGGCCUCAUGGCAGCUGUACAGGCUAGAAAAGCCAGACACAUGCUUCCCCGGCUAUCCACUGAGGGCAUGAUCGAGUACGCCCUGGUCAUACCCAAACCUGGACAGAGACGCUCCUCUCAGUUUGGGUCGGGGGCAGACGUGGACUGGGUGCUCAACGGCGGCAGGAGCACCAGCGCCCGGAGUCAACGCACUGAGCCAGACGUGGAGCGGCUGUGUGGCUACGGUAGCCUUGGCUCGCUCACGGAUGAAUUCCCGCUCCAAAGGAGGAUUGUAAGCGCAGGGAAGGGGAAGAACAAGCUGCCAUGGGAAAGGACCAGUCUGCCCAGUGCACCAGACCCACAGCCCUCUAGUCCUUCCGGCGCGAAGCCAUUUAGCCAGAUCAGCAGCAGUGACGACAUGCUGUCAUCUUACUCGCCACUCCGGGGAACAGUCUUGAGUUUUGGGUCGGUGGAGUUGCCUCUGUCUUCAGAUAGACUGGAGCGCGUGGGACGGCUGCGGAGGAGUGGGAGUCUGGAUUCAGACCCUGGCAUAUUCAAGUCUAAUGACGCUGAGAGAGUGUUCCCCAAACCAGGCUGUCUCCUGUCUGGAAACCCCAGUGUGGAGAGAACCUUCUCCCUGCCCUCUAACGCCUCAAUCUCCACAGUUGGAACAUUCCUGCUGCCUUCCUACCCCCUUGCGUCCUUGCCAGGUGGUGUCCUGACACCCACUCUGUCUCGUCGGCGAAGAGCUGACUCCUCCGUCUCCCUCUCCCUCUCCAUGUCCAACACCUGGCCCAACAAGAGGGAGGGCACCCCUCAGCAGCGAGACACUAGCCCCUGGAGAGACACUGCUGGUGAGGUGUUCUCCAGCAGGUGUUCCCCGUUACCUCUGCGUGCCUCUCUGGUCAGCUCCUCGUCCACCUCCUCCUUUCGCCAGGCUCUGAGCAGCUCUAGACCCAUCUCCUCUGUCUCUCCCGUCUUUCCUGUCUCUCCCAUCACCCCGCUGAUGGCCCGGCCUGACCGCAGCGCUCCCUCCAACAGCCAAAGAACCAGCAGAUUCGAGCCGCAUCUCCCGACGCAGCAGGUGGAGCGAAGCCUCCAUCUUAAUCUGUCCAACCUAAGGCUGCAUGACCAGGAGGAAGAGCCCCUGAACCGCGAAGAGAUGAUGAAUUCUUUGCGCUCGCUGCGCAACAGUGCGGCGAAGAAGAGGGCCAAAGUCAGCCAGAGUGGAUCGGAACCGGACCCCGACAGUCCGGACUCCGCUGUACGCCUAGAGGCAGCAUCGGACUCGCCCUCCCACACACCCCCUUCCAUCACCUCGCCGCUCAGUGAGAGCGGCCUGUCCAGUCUCUACUCACCCCCAACACCCACCGGCAACGGCACGCAGACCAGCCCUGGGAACUCUCUCGUGAAGACUUGCCACGUGUCCUUGACUAAACACAGAACUGCAAUUUCCACGGAACGUUCUUUCCAAGGUGUAUCACCGAAAAAUAAAAACCCCUUAGAGGUGAGCCUGACUGGCCAUCGGGUGGCCCAUCACAACGGGCCAUCGGAAUCUGAAGAGGACUGUAGUGGGGAGAUGUCCCCAGUCAUUCCCAGACCCAAUGGCCGUGAACCAGUCCGAGCCCUCGGGCUUGGGAAAGCCUCUCAGAUGCUCAGCAGCAACAACAGCAGUAGGGCCUCUCCCGCAGGUGACAUGUCUGAAGGUGUGAUCGGCAAAGGUGUUUUCGGCUCAGAUCAUCUAUCCAGUUGUCCAAAUGUGCCUUUCUCGUCAUCUGAGCUGGGCGACUCACCUGCAACGCUGGUCUGCAGUCCUCCAGAGGGUGUGUAUGGAAGAGCCGUGCCUGGCAGCCAACAUCACAUAGAGACCAACAUGGACGCACAUGCAGAGGAUGCUGCUGAGAAAGUGAAACUAUCCAAACUGACAAGGGACAAAAUGCGGCAGCACUGUCUGGAGCAGCAGGGUAGUCCUCAUCCUCCUUCAGGCGAGCGGCACAGAGGGGAGAGAGUGAGACAGCGGGCAAGAAACAUGAUGACGGACAGCAGUACCGAUGAGUCUGGAAACAUGCAGGACCUGCAACUGAAUGGCAACACGGUUAUGUCCACCAAGUCAAACUCGGCCCUGCAUGACGCUUACUCCAGCCCAGCCAGUCCUCAAGGCUCCCUGAGCCCGCCCCACCACCCCAGCCCUCCCACGGCACCUCCCACCUCCUCCAGGAGCACGCUGCCUCGCAUGAGGAGGGCACCAAGCCUCUCUCGGGCACGGCCCUCUUUCUCCCAAAGCACAGAUGAGUUGGCCCCUGGCAGCCCAAAGCAGAAGAGUGACCCCCAGGAGCAGGCAGAGCUGCGGCCCUUCUCCAAGCCUGAUCUGGCUCUCACCCAGAGCUUCAAGCUUCUCAACUCAGAUGACUGGGAGAAGAAGAUUGAAGGAUUGACGUUCCUGCGCUGUCUUGCCCAAUAUCACACAGACCUGCUCUCUAGCAAGCUUCAUGACGUCUGCCUAGCCCUCGUUCAGGAGGUGCGGAACCUGCGUUCGGGCGUGUCGCGUGUGGCAGUGGUGACGCUCGGGGAGCUGUUUGUGAAUCUCCAGAGGACCAUGGACCAGGAGCUGGAUGUGGUGGCCCGGGCGCUGCUCCACAAAGCGUCUGAAUCCAACGCUUUUAUUCGACAGGACGUGGAUGCGGCGCUGGACAGCAUGGUACAGCACUGCACUGCCACGCGGAGCAUGAGCGCUCUGCUGACGGGCGGACUCGGUCACUUAAAUUCAGUGGUGAGGAAAUGCACGGCGCAGCACAUGACGACCCUGGUGGAGAAGAUGGGAGCCGGCCGUGUCCUGUCUGGUGGCAAAGACCUGACCGACCGCAUCCUGCCUGCAAUCACUAAACUGGCACAGGACUCCUCACAGGAAGCCAGGUACUAUGGACGGCGGAUGUUGCUGUUUCUGUCCUCCCACCGGGACUUUGACAAAAUGCUGGAGAAGUACAUCCCCACCAAAGACCAGGCCGCUGUCAGGGACACAGUCUUCACGCUGAAAACCAAGGGGCUUGGGGAGAUGCCCCAAGACACUCCUUCAGCUCGCGGACGGCGCUCCCUCCCAGGAAGUGGCACGGUCAGAGCCUCGUCUUUGACCAGAGAUCCUCUGUCAAACAGCAAAGACUGUAGGCAACUCAGCAGCAAGGGCCAGGCCCACAGCAUUGCGGAUAAGACGGAGUACAUCAAGAUGAUAACUGCCCUGCUCAACUCAAAGGACUUCCGUGAGCGCAUCAAGGGCAUCGAUCAGCUCGUUGCAGACUGUGAAUGCACCCCAAACCUGGUCAUAGGAAGCAUGUUCCAGGUGUUUGAUGCCUACAAGGCCAGACUCCAAGAGUCCAACAGCAAAGUGAAUCUGUACGCUCUGGAGGCCUUGCCCAGGGUCAUCUGCUUGCUGAAGGACAACUUGGCUCAAGUGGUUUACAUCCUGGUCCCCGCUGUCGUCGACAAUCACCUCAACUCCAAAAACAGCGCCAUCUACAGUGCUGCUAUCAGUGCCAUCAAUGAGCUUAUUCAAAACCUUGAUAACUCUCUUCUGCUUCAGCCGUUCUGCACUAAGGCCCAGUAUCUCAGUGGGAAAGCUAAAGUUGAUCUUAUUGAGAAGGUUGCAGAGUUGGUGAGGGAGCUGUACCCACGUAAGCCUCAGAUGGUGGAGCUGAAGGUACUGCCUCUGCUAUGGCACCUCCUCGGAACAUCCGCCAACAACAGCGCUGUCCACGGACGAGGCAGCAGUGUUCGGGCGGCCACCGCCAAACUGUGCCAGGCCCUGUACGAUCAAAUGGGCCCUGCACUGGCCGAGUGUGCCACUUCGCAGCACCCCAGCAUCCACAAGAGCCUCAACGAGCUCCUGAACAGCCUGAACGCACCACACUGAGCCCGUCUUAAGCAAACACGUGCUGGAGGUAUCCACAGACUAUUACCAAAACAAAAAAAAAACUUAGAGAGGAGGGAAAAGACAUUCACAGAAACUCUGAUGUUACUUGAAGGUAGAGAUGUUUUGUUGAAUUUCUCACAGUGCCUGCACUUUUUUCUUUCUUUGGUUUUCUGACCUAUUAAAAAUAACAGUUAACCCUCUUCCAAGAAUAAACAUGUUUUAAAAGAUGGUAAA